AUGAAAACGGAACAUUGCAACGGGGAUGCGCCUUGGAAUCCGGCCAAGAGGUCAAAAAUCGAAAGAAACCCUCAAUUCAGACUUCCUCGCUUUUUUUUUACAAGAGGUGCUACAAGCACCAAGAAACUUCAAUUCGAAGCCUUGGCCUCUCUUUUGCUUUUUUUUCUCAAAAGAAGAGUACGACUUGUUCAAAAAUAAUUUUUCACAGUAUUCUAUUCCGAAGGGGCGGAUAGAUGUAACCUAAAUUUCUUCUUGCAGAAAUUUUUUUAUAUUUUUUUGACAAAAGUCAUUAAAAGUUUAAAGACAUCGAGAUUUUGCAAGAUAACGAAAUGGCUAUUCGUCUAGAGAAACUUUCAGAAACUCACCUUUUCCUCUUUACACAUUACUGUUUAAAAUGAUUUAUCUCUAAAAAUUUUGAAAAGUCUUAACAGGUGUAGUCAGGAAUCAAGAAAAGAUUGGAAUGUACUAAAGGACAUAAAAAUUGAGUUAUGAUGUUCCGAUUUGCAGACGUUUCCUGUGCCGGCUCUCUUUCUUGGAAACCUUUCUUUGCGCUCUCUCAAUACUUCUUACUGUUUCACUCUUCUCUGUUCUGCUCUUAUGGUUAUGGGUACUCGACGGCUACAAAACUUUCAGCGAAGGUCCCUGACAGCCGUAUUUCUUUCCGCAAAAAAAAGUUUUCAGGUCGUCCACUCUAUCCGCGACCCUUCGAGAAUUCCUCCGUGGCCGUCGAUCGCUCGGCCGUCCACCAUCAGGACGUCGUCUGCACGUCUCGAGAGUGUGUACAGAUCGCCGGAUUCCUCUCUGACAACCUUAAUUCCAAGGUGAACCAAUCCUAAAAAAAUACAUGUGUCCCCGCCGCGAAUAAAAUCAAGGGGUUUAAUACAUUUUGGUAGUGAAAAACCAAGGCUUUGAAAUCUCCAGCCGUCUAACACAAGGGCGUAUAUCAUAUACGGUAUAUGUCACUAGAGCCAGUCCACUGAUUAUCUCUGACGUAGGCGAAUCGAGAAAGGGUAUCACGAGACCCUCUGAGGUAUAUCGCAGACUCUGAAGUCUCACUAUGGUACCUCGAGUAUACCUCUGAGGAUUUUGAGCAAAAUGAGAGGGACUUGAGGGAGACUCUCAAGGACCUCUGAUAUGGCUCAGCUAUGGCUAAAAGGUAUGCCGGAGGUCUCACGAUGGACAUAUUAUGGGGUUUCCACAAUCUAUUUUGAGAGGUAUCUUUGUGGAAAAAUUAUGGUACCUUCUCUAUUCGUCUGUGGAUAUCAGGAUAGGACCUUGUCUCAUUGACUUGAGGCGCUGACGCCGCUCAAGCGGUACAAGGAAGAAGAAGCUCUUGUUGGGUUUUAAUAUCAAAAACUUGUGAAAAACUAAAAAAAGAACUUGUUUCAAACAUAAGCGCCUUUUCUUUUGAUUCGAAUUGAUGUUAAGGUGGAUCCGUGUGAUGAUUUUUACGAGUUUGCGUGUGGAAACUACGGGUUGAAUAGAAACUUACCGGCGAACAAGCCGCUGAGGCACACGAUCAGCGACGUCCAGAGUCGCCUGAACAAGCAAGUCAAAACCAUCCUCCAGGUUUCCAAUAAUCUUUCUCGUAUCGCAUUUUUCAAUUUCAGACUCCUAUUUCUUCGACUGAUUCAACGUGGGACAAGUUAGCCAAAGGAUACUACCAGAAAUGUCUCGACGAAGGUCUGACUCUCAAAGUUUAUGCUUUGUUGGGAUCGCUCUUGUUUGAUUUUUUUUUCAAUUUUGUUGGGAAAUUGAUAAAAUUAGAAGUGAACUUGAAAGAAGUUUUUGUACUGCCAUCUUUUCGAGCUUUAGACAAGUUAAGAGGAACAAAACCUUAAUUAAAGUAUUUUUUCUUGAACAAUUCUUUUUUUUUGGUGAAACUGCAAGUAUUUAAAAAUGGAUCUCAUCUAAUUUUUGACUAGUAAAAUACGAGAAAAAUUGAAAAGAAAAUUUCAGAAGAACUGGAACGGAACGGACUGCAAGCAAUGAAAGAAAUAGUGGACCGGAUCGGCGGAUGGCCUACCUUGCAAGGUUGCAAGUUUCAAUAUUUUUAGGCUGUAGUUUUCUCGGUAAUAAACUUUUACUCAAUGAAAGCGCUAGCGGUUCAAACCUUAUGUGGACGAGAAAACUCGCAGGAGACAGCUGGAAGGAGUGGCGCCAUUCUUGGGAGGAGCAACUCGCGUUGGUCCUCAACCGUACGGGCGUCAACGCCGUCAUUCUGGAGAUGGCGGUGACUCACGACCCAUCCAACAGUACCAAGAGUGUAAUUGAGGUGGGUCCGAAGCUCCUCCUGAAAAGAUUUUUCCUUUUUUGCAGCUGGACCAGCCGAAAUGGGGAGCCGGAUCUCGCUAUCCUUACCUCAGUGGCACCGACGAUCCCAUGCUCAAAAACUACACGACCCUUAUGAAACUCACGGCAAUCGCUAUGGGUGAGAAUCCAUCGUUUUUUUUUUCAACUAAACUAAUUCUAUCCCAUAUAAGCUGAAACUGUUCCAAGAUUUUCUCUUUUUUUUUUUGCUUCGUUGCUCAUGAAAAAACCUCGUGCUCGUAAAGUCAAGUCUCCUGUUUGAGGCGCGGAUCCGGUUACGGCAGAAAGAGACAUGACGGAAGCUAUGGAGUUUGAGCUGAAGUUGGUGAAUUUCUCGGCCGACGACAUGAUUCGCCGCGAUCCAGAGCGUGGCAACAACCGUCAGCAGAUGUGGCAGCUCAAGUCUUUGUUCCCUUUCGUCAGUAGAUUCCUAUUCCGACUUUUCAUUUCUUCCGUUCAUCUGCACAUUUUGCAUAUUUAGAUCGAUUUUGAAAAGUACCUGAGUACGGUGUUCAAAGAACUGGUCGAGGUGUCGCCAAAUCACACGGUGAUUGUCCGAGAAAUUGACUAUUUCACAGGAAUCCAGGUGCUCGUCUUUUCAGACCUCCUUCCAACCGAAGAUUCAUUUUCAGCACGUCCUGCAGUCAACUCCGAAAAGAGUUCUCGCCAACUACAUUUCGUGGCGACUCGUCCAAGGUGCGCUUUAUUUUCAUCAAACAUGAGCAGUACUAUUUACAGCAACUGUGUUUUGUAAAAUUGAAAAAUAAACUUUACUAAUGAUUUUUUUUUAGGAUUCUCGCCUUUUCUGCCGCCGACGGCUCGCGAGCCUUUCUAUCAGUUCAAAGCCAAUCAGACGGGGAUGUUUAACAGUCCGCCUCCAGAUCGGUAAUUCCAUGGUUCUCUUCAGAAAGCUGAGUGUAGGGAUGAUAUGAGUGGCCUCUGGGUUUUUUUAUCCCCGGUUGAACUUUUGACGAAACUUGUUACGAAAACAAUUACCUCAUAAGCUUUUGACUCUUUUCUUGAUCAUUCCAAGAAGAAAAAGCCGUUUAAGAUUUUUUUUUUUCGUAGAGAAAAUGAAGAUUUUCAUGUUGAGUAUUUAAAAAAAACCGGCUUUUUCGCAGUUGGGAGGACUGCGUGACGUUGUCGGUCAUCAUGAUGGACAUGCCUGUGGGACGACUUUUCGUUCAGAACUUUUUCGAGAAGGAACGCGCCAUGAAAAAGGUCCGUUUGGCGGGAUUUCAUCAUAAUCACGAAGAAUCCAGAUGACUGAACUGACGUCAUAUCUCAAGGCGGAGUUCAUCAAGCAGCUAAAUCAUCUAGAUUGGAUGGACGACGUCACCAGGGAUCGAGCCAUUUCAAAAGUUUACUCUUGCCACUUUUUCACUCAAGAGUUUUUCUUUCUGGAAGUACUUUAAGAAAACUCUUAGUAUGAGAUGAUACGGACAGUAGGACAAUAAAUCAUCUGAAUACUGAAUUGAAUUUAAAAAACUCACUCGCUUUUGUUUGCAAGAAAACUAUUUCGUCUCAACUUUUCUGAUUUCUGUAGAAAGGACCAUUUUGAUUUGUUUUUCAGAAGUUUGAAUAUUUUCAAAAUCCCCGUUUACCAUCUCGAAGCCACCUCUAAAAAAAAAAGACACAAAAAAGUUUUUAGGCCUUCGUUCUGUUUCAGAUUUUUCUUAGGAAAGUGUAAUCUUUCAAAUGAUAGAUUGUUCGCUGUAUUUUCUUUCCUUUUAACGCUUCUCUUUCUAUUCCCUGACAGUUAUAAGAUUCCUUCAAAUCAGUGAUUUAUGAAUCUGAGAGGUUUUUUUUUUCGAAAGUUCGAUUUGCUCACUGGGAAUCUUUUUUUUAAGAGUUCACAUGAACAGCUUUAGCCGCACUUUGGCACUUAUCACACAAAGAACGAACAAAGAAGGUGACGUUUAUUUGUGCCGUCGAGACCCACGUGCUGCAAUUCUCUAGAGCAGACAAAAUAUCGUGGAGAGUUGCGAAAUUUCUCUUGACAAAAAGCUGAAGAGGAAGUUGAGCAGAAGAAUACACAAAGAACAACUGUUUGGAGAAUAUUAGAACAAUACCAGAGAUCUCAUGGUCCAAACUUUUUUUUUUGAUAAAUAAGAUUUUAUUUGAUGAUCGAAGUGACAUUUUUUCUGCUGAAUAGGAAAUUGAAACAUUUUUUUCAAGUAUGAAAUCGAAAUUUUUUCUCUUAAAACUCCUUUUUCUCAUUCUUUUGUAAAAUUACGACACAAGUAACUUUAAUUAAAUUUCUUUAAUUUUCCGUCACAACGGAACACGAUGGUUCCGUGUUUUUUGAAUGAAUCAGCAAGGCAUUUGAUGUAGACUCCGUUAAAAUUAAGUCAUACUUUUUGCAAUAAAGAAACUUUCACUGAGAUUUGGAUGAUUUUAGGCAAAUAUGAUCGAGUACAAAAGUGGGUUUCCACAAGUUCUGUUCAACGACACGUGGAUGGAAAAGAACUGGGGUCUAGUAAGUCCGGCGUUGAGACUUUUUGGAAUACAGAAGUUAUUCAGGCGAUUCUCCCGCGAGAGUAUCUUCUGCAACUAACGAUUAGGGUGAAACUCGUCCGAUUCACAGAAGAGCUGCUUCGUCUGGAUUUGCCUCUGGACAGGUAUCGUAACAAAAGGAAUCAUUUCGACUGACCUUCUCGGAAGGAGUAUCACAAAACAUUUGGAUUUCAGGUCGAUGUGGUUCCAAAGCCCUGCCCAAGUCGACGCCUACUACGCUCCUAACAACAACGAAAUGAGUUAGUUUGAAGCAGGCUUGUGCGUCAGGCCGGGAGGGCUUCGGGACUUCAUUUUUGAAAGAAGCUUGCGCGGGCUCGGACCAGGCCGGGCUUCAGAAAAAUCUUUAAUUUUAUUCGAAAAAAUUUUCACUCGCUGAAUUAUAGUUUCUAAUAACCCUAUGAGGAAAAAUAAGAAAAAACCCUCACUUUUCUCGUUAAAAAAUCGAACAAUCGACAUGAAGGAUAAGUGAGCUUUUUGGGCCGGGCCUGUCAUUUUUGCCUGAGGCCUCCCUAAGGCCGGGGCCCGACAUGUUGACGGGCCGGCCCUCCUACAAGCCUGGUUUGAAGUAAUUGGGAUUUUUCGCGCUAAAGAAUAGAAGUUCCGAGCAAGAUGAACAGUAGUAAAGUCAACAAAGAGGUAGAAAUGUUUGUUUCCGAUUUACUGUUGAUUUUUCUGAACUCAGAGCGUUUUAAAAGUUUGCGCUGGUGGGAGUGGUAUCAUGAAAUAAUAAAAACCUUUUUUUUUCAAGCAAGGAGAAACGGACCCUUUAUUAUGCUUUGACGUUCCUAAAACAUGUAUAAAAGAAAGGUCUGUUGAGUUUUUGAAGGUUUCUCGAGUUGUUCAAAAGCGGAAAGAAAGCUGUUGAACUACAACAGUCCAACUUUUCUUUUUUCUUUCAGUUUUCCCGGCGGGGAUCAUGCAGUUUCCAUUCUUGACCCUGGGUGUUCCCAACUACAUAACGUAUGGGAUGGUAGGGGCAGUCAUCGGUCACGAGGUUUCUCACGCUUUCGACGACCAGGGUUCCGUUGUUACAAUAAUCAGACGAUGAACAGCUUUUUCAGGCGGACAGUACGACGAGAUCGGAAACUUGAACGAUUGGUGGGACGCCGAAACUGCAGAAAAGUUUGCGGAGAAAACGAGGUAUCAUUUGCUAGACGAGUAGAAAAAAGGCUUCCAUUAUGCCUUCUGAAUAAAUUUCUAUCUAAACCUUCAGAUGCUUUGUGAGACAGUAUGGAGCUGUUCUAGUUGAAGAAGCCGACAUUCAUCUUAAUGGACAACUCAGUCUUGGGGAGAACAUUGCGGACAACGGUGGCGUGAAAACGGCAUUUUACGUGAGUUUUUUUUUCAAAUACGUCUCACCUAUCGAAAUUCAGGCGUACAACUCUUGGAGAAGGAACACAACUGUGCGCGAGCCGGCACUUCCAGGAUUCCAAAACUUCACCAGCGAGCAAAUGUUCUUCCUAGCAUACGCAAAUGUAAGAAAGAGUUCAGUUAAAAAAAAACAUUAACUUUUUCUUUUCUAGAACUGGUGCUCCGUAGUUCGCCCUAAGCAUUACAUUCAAAUUAUAAUGACCGACGUCCACGCGCCAUCGAAAUAUCGAGCAAUGAUCCCUUUACAGAAUAGGGACGAAUUUGCCAAAGCCUUUAAAUGUCCUCUUGGUAGUCCGAUGAACCCAGAGAAGAAGUGCCAGGUUUGGUGA